UAAUAUCCUUUCUCUUCAGUAAAGCAGAGGCCAGGGAUUUAUAAAAGCAGUGGUAAAAAAAAAUGGCAAGAGUUGUGGAAUAGGGACAGAAAGGGAAGACACCUGUAUAAGAUCCAGGAAAACGUGAUGGUAGGGAGUUCCUCGGCUCGAGAGGGAAACGUAAUCACAAGGCUGAGACUGGGACUCAUGAGACUCAACAGCACUUUGACAUUUGUAAGGAAACAUCCAACUGGGAAGUGUGAUCACUGCCAGGAGGAGAUUGAGACAGUGGGCCAAAUUAUAUUUCAGUGGCAUCAGUAUUGGAGGGAAAGGGACUAUUUGUUAUUAGGAAUAAUGGUAUUGAAGAGCCAAGUUUAAUUGAAUUGUUAUGAAACCCUUAAGGUGAUAUUGUAUUUGAUUAUGUAUUCCAUUUCCUUAGGGGGAAGGCUGAGUUUAAUUGGGUAAAGUAAAAUUUGAGACAUUCCCUUGUCUCUGUUCCACACUCCAGUCCAGUUGGUGGCGGUAAGGCAUCACUAAAAGUUGGUUGCCAACCGCCAUUUCAGAACCAGUGAAGAAUAAGUUUAAACGGAAGUGACCAUCAACAACUUCCAUGUUAGCGUUUUUUAUUGUUGUUAUUUAGACGUUUAUUUACACAUUGGAACUCAAAAUAUGACUCUUAACUGCACAUUAUAACAUAAUUAUCCCAGGUAGUCUAAGUCGCGUUGGAGACGGGACUUGGUUGAUAUUUUAUCAAGGUAACAUUAGCUAGCUGCUAAUGUUAGCUAACAAUGGCUAACUGUAUGGUUUUUCACACUCAAAUAGCCUCCAUUAUGGAGGUUCUAGCGAAUGCCGCCGUGGUAGAGGUCUGCAAACUUGUAGACGACGACUAUGCCGUGUUUCGUUUGGAAAUAACUCAAAGCCAGAAAGAAAACAGGGUAUUGCGGAGGAAACUACAGCUACUGGAACUGAAGGUGGCACGGGAGCGUGCAGAGAGGACAACGCCAGACCGCGUCCUCGCCAGUUUCCCCAGUAGUAUCAAGUCCCUCGACCGAUACAGAGGAAUGGCAAGAGGUGAAGGAAAUCUCACUGGAGGCUACAGGAGCUUUGUGAAGCCAGCGGAACACAAUACAUGGAGAGAUGACCAACCAAUCACUGUUGAUGAGGAGAGUGGAACUGCAACCCAGCAUGUUAUCGUAAUAGAGUCUGCAGAUGCAGAGGCUGCAGGUCCUGGAGGAUUGUCUCUGGUCAAGCAGGAGAGGACUGAAGGAGACGACCCACAACACAGCAGAGACAUCCAGACUGGAGCAGCGGCUGGAGUGGUGCCCCCUGUAGCUACGGACGACCUCUCCACCACACCCCAGCCCAGGACCCGACACCGCAUUACGGAGGAGGAGGAGGAGGGUCUGGAGGUGCUGCUGGUGAAGGAGGAGGGCUGCGAGGAGGGUCUGGGGAACCGUGAGGGGAUCAUCGUCAUGAAGGACAACCAGACUACACCUCCUGAACCCACAGAGGAACCAGCUGAGCAGAACAGGACCACACACAGUCUCACUGAGUCAGUAAACAACAUGGAGGAUGGGAAGCCUGAUCUGCUGCUGGUGAAAGAGGAAACAAUAGAAGACAGACCAGAGAGCAUUGACCUGCUGAGUGGACUAAAGAUGGGGGAGCAAGGUGGUUGGCUGGAGGCUAACAGAGGAGACUGGGCGAACAGCUUGGAUUCCCAGACCCAGAUGGGUGCAGCCAAGGGCCCAGGGGACGACAUCAAUGAGCAGGCCAGGACCAGAAGCGACAUAGUGGAGGUCAGUGGCUGGGACAGCGUCCUCAACUCUGGGCUGUGGAACAACACUGUUAACCUCAACCAGAAACCGACAGUGGAACACAAAACAACAUCCAAACGUAGUCUCCAUGACAACAGACUGGCUGAGGCUAGUGUAAGGCGUAGAUUUGGUCCGCGGGGGCGAGGUGAUGUAAGUAUGCAGCGAGAGCGAACAGAUACAGACUUCGCUAGCAAUGCUCCGUCCUGCUCCUAUAGUUGUGAUUCAGAAAGACUGAUGGCAACUCAGGUUAACCCCCCAACAGGUGCUGCCUUCAGCCUGCCUUCUAUAGGAUCUAUCAACUGGAACAUGGACCCUGUGACAACACAGACACUCCCUGGCCUUUGUCCUCCUCAAACUCUCCUAAUGUUAAACCAGAACUCAGACAAUGCCAGUGCCUCAACACUAAAUGGCUAUACAAGCUCAUUGACAAAUGAAAAUAGUAGAGAUGGAAUCAGUAAAGGUGAUAUCGCCAUAGAGAAGCGCUUCCCGUGUUCGUUCUGUGGGAAAGUCUUCAGUUUCUCCAAACAGGUAGAGAUCCACCAGAGGGUGCACACGGGGGAGAAACAAUUUGGCUGCCACCUGUGCCGAGCCAGUUUCUCUCACUCGUUCAGCCUGAAGAGACACCAGAGAGUCCACACAGGGGAGAAACCGUUUAGCUGUACCCAGUGUCACAUGCGCUUCGCCCAGGCUGGUGACCUGAAGAGGCACCAGAGGGUCCACACAGGAGAGAAACCCUACAGCUGCCUCCAGUGUGAGAAGAGGUUCACCCGCCAGGACCAGCUGAAGAUGCACCUGAAGGUCCACAUGGGAGAAAGGCCGUUCGCCUGUACACAAUGCGGGAAGAGGUUCUCAGAGAGGAGCUACCUCAGGAUACACCAGCAGAAAAACCAUCCCACUCUAUAACAUGGAAAGUAACCAUUCCUCUUGAUAGCUUCUGAUGUUUAGAUCAAAUCAUGCAUUAAAGACAGAUUCAUUUUCAUUGUUGUCAGCAGAAAAGAGCCACCGAUGCAUUUGGAAUAACAAUAGUAGCAUAUUUCAGUGUUGAAAAUUCCUGGGUAAAAUAUUGCAUUCAGACAUUGUAUAAGCCUAAAAAGUAUGUUACAUGGUGUUUGUACUGUGUAGGCUAUAUGAUGUUCACAUUCAUUUUAUUAUUUACCCUCAAAAACUUUGAAUGAAUGCAGUUCAUCAAGUUCAUGCUGAUUUCUUUUUUUAUUAAUAUUUUUUUGUGUGGUUUUCAUGUGGUGUAUUUAAAUCUGUUUAAUAAACACAAUGGGACUUUUCAUUAAGACUUUA